GUUACGUCAUGUGAGAGAGAAAAAUAUUAGGAAAUCGUGUUUAUGUAACGAAACAAGUCGGUUUAUUGUGUUUGCCCGAAGCUUUUUCAAUUAUUACACCCGCAAUAGUUCACAUACGUUCAGAUAGUCGUUGCAUUUGGUUUGAGAACUUCUUAAAGCUACCAGCGGCUCGUUUACGUUAGUUUCUCGCGACUAUUUCUUCUUAUCAGUCCCAAGUCAACUCAUCUUCUGUUGCUCACUUACUUGUUCUACUCAAAACUGAAAAUGGUAGCCGGAAGAGCCCUUCAUUUCGUGUUCAAAGUGGCAGAUCGGACAUUGACUGCCAAAUUUUACCGGGAAAUUCUUGGAAUGAAGAUACUCAGACAUGAAGAAUUCAAGGAGGGUUGUGAAGCUGCUUGCAAUGGUCCUUACGAUGGACGUUGGAGUAAAACCAUGGUAGGCUACGGUUCAGAGGACAAUCACUUUGUGGUGGAGCUGACUUACAAUUACAAUGUGCCAAGCUAUGACCUUGGCAAUGAUUACUUAGGAAUCACAGUCCGAUCGAAACAAGCGAUAGAAAAUGCCAAGAAAAACGGGUGGCCCCUGAAGGAAGAGAAUGGGGUGAAAGUAGUGGAAGCCCCUGGUGGUUACAAGUUUUUCUUGCUGAAUGAAGAACAACCAACCAACAAAGACCCAGUUGAAAAAGUUACAUUGGCAAGUACUGAUCUUAAGAAAUCUAUCGAAUAUUGGAAUAAAACAUUGGGAUUGAAGCUUUACGAAAAUGACUCCAGUCAUGCUAUAGUUGGAUUUGCUGAUGAUCAAGCAAAAUUGGAAUUGAAAGCUAUCGGUGAGCCCAUCAACCACGCUACAGCAUAUGGAAGAAUAGCGUUUUCUGUGCCUGUGAAGGAGCUUCAAGAUAUUGAUAAAAUCAUCAAGAGCACUAAUAACAAAAUUUUAACCCCUCUGGUGACUUUGCCCACUCCUGGAAAAGCUGAUGUGACUGUCAUCAUUCUAGCAGAUCCUGAUGGUCAUGAAAUUUGUUUUGUUGGAGAUGAAAGCUACCGAGAACUUUCAAAGUUUGAUCCUGAAGGAGAGAAACUGCUGGACAGAUACAUUAAGAAAGAUGAGGAACGCAAAGCUAACUAAGUACCAUUCAUCUAACUUUUUUCACUCCAUUUCAACGAUAUACGUACAUCAAAUUCAAGUUUAGCCCGUCUUUUCUAAAACUCUCACUUAACCGGCUGAAUUGCCUUUGAAUAACUGUUAAUGCAUGUAUUCUUCUAUUUUUACUCGAGCACUUUGUGAUAAUUGUAAUUUAGGUAAGUAUUUUGUAUUUUUUUAACAAGGUCAAUCGUAUUAUUGUUUUCAAAACCUUGCCUUUUUCUAAGAUAAAUUACCAUUUCCUAUAAGGCUGUAUGAUCAAAAUUGACCCUUUUUUUAAAGUUCACACAAACAGGUAUUACACAGCGUGAGCACAGAGAACAGUAUUCUUUUAGUAGAUUUGUCGAUUAUUUUUAUGAUGAAUCUGCACAAAUCAAAGUUUUAUUAUGCAGUAGCAGCAGAAAAAAAGGAGACCUGAUGAACUUUUUACAUCCAAUUAGAUAUAUACCUACUUUCUCUCUGCUUGGGUUUCUACAAAAGCUUAAGGUGGAGGUAAAAAAAAUCUCGUGUAAGUACCUGUUAAGUUUGAAGAUCAUUCUUUCUCCUGUGCAAUCAAGAAUCGUUUAUGUUAUUUUUUUUAUUUAAAAAAAAAGAAUAAUAAUAAAAUACAGUGUGAAUCCGCUGAA